AUGCUACCCUACCUGUUCCCAGACCUGUCCUCGUUUACCACUGCUGAGGACCUCAUUUCUCACCUUCGCACUAGUGACACUCGCUUUCGUGCCACCCUUCCAGCCGACUCCGUCAGGGAACACUUCCUAGCCCUAGACCCUACCACUCUCAAUGUCGCCGACUUCGAGAAGCACCUCCAAGAAGCAGAGAAGAACAUCCUCGCUGUAGGUGCUGCUCGUGGUACUCCUCGCUCUCCCCUCUUUGAGGGGUGCUCCCCCUCCCCUCUUACCCCCUCCUACGCCUCCGCAACUGCUGCUAUCGACCUCCUUGGUGCUGAGAAGGUCGCAGCUACUUCCGCUCCUAGUGGGAAGCGCAGCGACUCUAGGAGAGGCAGGGGUGGCAGAGGUGGCGGACGUGGCAGUGGAGGGGGCGGUGGUGGAGGCGGCGGGGGAGGUGGAGGUGGUGGGGGUGGUCGUGGGGGUGGAGGUGGUCGUGGGGGCGGUGGUGGUGCCAGGAGUAGUGGUGAUGGCAGCGGCGGUGGUGGCGGAGGGGGGAGUGGUGGUGGCGGCGGUGGUGGGGGCUUGGGUGACACCAGUGGUGGCCAAAGGCAGCAGCAACAGCAGCAGCAGCAGGUUCUUGAUUGGUCCCCGCGCUGGUUGCCAGUGCACCAGCUUUCACACUGA